GGCAUCAUAUCACUGGGCUUAAAACUCAAGCGAUCGCUGAUUUCAUAAUGCACAAGAGCUUGUAGCUCAAGAUGAACUUCAAUGACAUCCCCAGAAACUUCAAUGGUGAGCCUUACACAGGGGAGAUAACUGCGGGUCAUCAGGAUGGCUGAUGGAGAAUCCAUACUUAACAGACCCAGUAUGGCCAUGGUCAGCCAAUGGCAGCGCUGGGUCACAUGGACCCGUCGUUGUAUGAUCAGGGGGAGACCACUGGGCUGGAAGGCGAGUACCACGAGCUGCAUAGUAUCAUGGUUGAUGGAGGGGAUCAUUUUGGGGUAUCAGCUCUGGCCUUCGACACCCAGGAGCUCCUUUGGAUGGGCAACCAGGGGGGUCAUGUGACAUCGUAUUAUGGUCUACACCUGGAAAAACAUGCAUCAUUCCAGGCUCAUCCCCAUGGCGAUGACAUUCGUCAGCUCAUCUGUCAUGAAAUGGGCAUUCUGUCCUUGUCCAAAAACCAACUGAGGUUGACAGAAAGACGAGGAGUCAGAGUGUUUGAAUAUUCAGCUGAGGAAAUGCAUGAGAUGCAGUGUAUGUUACAGAUGAGUCCCACCUCUGUCAUGAUGGGAGGUCACCAAACAAAAGUUAUAGAGGUGGACCUUCAGAAAGGCCAGGAAAUCCGACAGGUGGAUGUGGAAGAGCCAGGCUGUGCUAUAUUCCGCAUGUCCACAAAGUUUCUCUGUGGCGGAGACACCAGUGGCAAGGUGACUUUGUUUGACCCCAACACAAUGAUAGCAGAACAUGUCCUGGAGGCUCACUCAGGCACGCUGUCUGAUUUUGAUCUCCAUGGCAACCUGCUCGUGACUGCUGGAUUUUCUAACAGAAUGGGCAGUCUGAAUGUAGACCGUUUCCUGAUGGUGUAUGAUCUUAGGACGAUGAGAGCUAUGGCCCCAACACAGGUCAUCAUUGACCCCAUGUUCCUUCGUUUUGUUCCCACCUUCUCCAAUAGGCUGGCAGUUGUAUCACAGACAGGCCAGUUCCAGCUUGUCGAAGCCACUGCCAUGACGGCAGCUUCCAUGAUGUUGUACCAGAUUCAUACACACGGAGGCCUCAUCAACACAUUUGACAUCUCAUCCAGCUGUCAAACCAUGGCCUUUGGAGACAGCACAGGUUACUUGCAUCUGUUUGGGAACACAGACCAGCCCGUUUUCAAUUCCUUCCCUGAGCCCACAGAGUUUGUGCACCCGCCUGAUCCACAUCAGCCAAUCCACAUCAAUGAUGAGUUAACUCCCCUGUCUAUCAUUCCCAUGCAGUACCCCACCCAGGGCACACUGCUGUCUGAUUGGCCACAUUACCUGUGUCAGAAAGUGUACAGAAAACCUAAACCAGUCGACAGUGAGAUUUUAAGGUCGAUGAAGAUCUACCACAAUGUUGGUUACGCUCCGAACCCAGGCAACAAACGUCGGAACCAAGUGCAAUACAAACUAAAUGAGAACAACAAACAUCGAAGUCGCAAAUCUAGUGUGCCAGAGUCCCCGAUGGGAAGGGGGGAUGACCCAUUUAUUGUUGUUCCAAAGCGUUACAGACGAGUUGAGAUCAAGUAUUCCCGACUCGGCGUAGAGGAUUUUGACUUCCGUCAUUAUAACAAGACAAACUUUGCGGGUCUGGAGACUCACAUUCCAAACGCAUAUUGCAAUUCCAUGUUACAGGUGCUAUACUUUAUUGAACCGUUGCGGGUCUCCUUGUUGAACCACAUGUGUGCCAAGGAGUUCUGUCUGGCCUGUGAGCUUGGCUACCUCUUCCACAUGCUAGACAAGCAGAAGGGACAGACCUGUCAGGCUAGUAACUUUCUACGCGUGUUCCGGACAAUCCCGGAGGCUGCUGCGCUGGGAUUGGUCCUUGGGGAUGCUGAGGAGUCGAUGGGGAAGUUCAACCUGUCCCGGCUAAUCCAGAGCUGGCAGAGAUUCCUACAUCAACAGAUCCACUCAGAAACGUGCCCAAAGGUUCCGCCUGACUUGCCACCUGUGCCCUCUGACCCUGACCGUAUUCCACCUGAGGAGAAACCACCAGAGGGGGAGGAGGAACAAGGGGAGAGCACUCCGGAGACUGAGACAGACACUGAGGAAGCACCAGUCCCUGAGAAUAAGAAAGCUGAAGGCUCUGUCAUCAAGGAACUGUUCAGUAUCCCUACAUUGACAAUGUUGAGAUGUCGCUGCGGACAUGAGGUGCAGAGAGAGACAGAAUCAACGCUGCUAACCCUGUCCUAUCCUGACUGUUCACCUCCAGGGCCAGGGAUGGAUCCACAGCAGAUCAGUUUUUCUCAGGUGUUACAACACAGUAUGGUGUCAGAACAGAGUACCCAGGCUUGGUGUAACAUUUGUGACAAGUACCAACCUCAUAUCCAGUCUAAAGCUGUCAAGUCUUUACCUGACGUCUUGGCUUUGAAUUGUGAGAUCGAAAACCAGCGAGAUUUGGAAUUCUGGAAAAUACAGCAAAGGUUUAUAAAGAGCCCAGAAGAGGAGAAAAGCGACACAGGGCCAAGGGAGUCCACUCCGCUGUCAAAGAUGUGUCGUUAUGGGGCACACUGUGCCCGACAGGACUGCCGGUUCAGACAUCCAGCUGGGGAGGGCGAGGGGGAUGGGGAGAGUUUCUUGGACCUGAGUCGGUUCAGUGAUGAGGACUGUUUUGAGCCCAGUUGGGUUCCCCUGGGGCUGAAGAUUUCCCAAACUGAUGAGGGUCAGAUCAACAUUGAAGAGAUUGCCGAUGAUGAAUCAAUGGAUCCAUUACAAGCAGAGACAUCAAACUAUUAUGAGAUUUUUGCCAGCGUGUCACAUGUGAAGGACUCAAAGACUGGGGGUAAUUUGGUGGCCUGCAUCAAGGUGGGAGAGAGAUAUCACCAGCGGAAAGAGAAUGUCACCUGUACACAGUGGUACCUGUUUAAUGACUUCUCCAUCACACCUAUAGAAAAGUUAGAAGGCUGCCAUUUUAACCUGGAAUGGAAGGUUCCGUCUGUGAUUUACUUCAUUCGACGCGACAUCAACAGGUAUUACAAUCUUCAAGUACAAAAUCCCAUCACAUCAGACGUGUUAUUUAAUGACACAUCAUUGGUCAACGCCAAAAGGAGGCGUGUUACCAUGACUCCCCUAAGCCCUGAUGAAGUCCCGAAAGAAAACGAUAUCAUCGGGCUGGAUGCAGAAUUUGUGUCACUUAAUCAGGAGGAGUCUGAGCUAAGGAGUGAUGGGACUCGCUCAACCAUAAAACCCUCCCACCUGGCUGUGGCCAGGAUAUCCUGUAUCAGGGGGUCAGGUGAGUUGGCAGGUGAGCCAUUUAUUGAUGAUUACAUCGCUACACAAGAGCAGGUGGUAGAUUACUUGACACAGUUUUCUGGGAUAAAGCCUGGUGACCUUGACCCUAAUGUGUCCACCAAAUACCUGACAAAUCUCAAGUCCACGUACAACAAGCUGCGUUACCUCGUGGACCAGGGAGUCAUCUUUGUGGGCCACGGCCUUAAGAAGGACUUCAGAGUCAUCAACAUUGUGGUGCCAAAAGACCAUAUCCUGGACACUGUGGAACUUUUCCAGCUCCCGCGCCAGAGGAUGAUCUCUCUCAAGUUCCUUGCCUGGUACUUCCUGAAACUAAAGAUCCAGUCGUUCACACAUGAUUCUGUGGAGGACGCCCGCACAGCGCUGCAGCUGUACGAGAAGUACCAGGAGAUGUCGCAGGAAGGGAUGGACACGGUUCGGGCGCGCAUCAAGGAGAUGUACGAGUUUGGCCGCAAAGUUCAGUGGAAGAUUCCAGAGGUGGAGGAAGAGGCAGAUUCCCAGCUGGCAGAAUUGUGAUGUCUGGGAUUUCAUCUGAUGGAAUUGUGAUGUCAGUGAUUUUCAUCUGGUGGCAUUGUGAUGUCAGCGAUUUUCAUCUGAUGGAAUUGUGAUGUCAGCGAUAUUCAUC